ACAAUAAACCAGGGUGUGUGUGUGUUUAUAUAUAUAUAUAUAUAUGAUAAUGUUUUGUAGGCUGUUUCUCCAAACCAAUAUCUAUUUGCAGACGGUCUAGGCAUGCGGAAGCUCCUCUCUUAUCUUUCAAAAUCUGGCACCAUGAACCUGAUGAUAAGUUUCCUAGUUAUUUCAAUUUUGUUUAUUAGGACUCAGUCCGGGGAAAUUCGGCCAAGGAAAAAUGCCAAUGCUCAUAUCACUGUAAUGGGUUUUGUUUAUUGUGACAUCUGCUCCAACAACACCUUCUCAAGACACAGCUACUUCAUACCAGGUGCAGAAGUCAAAAUCGAUUGCAAAUUCAAAGCGAGUUCACCAAAAACCAAAGAGCAAAUAUCAUUCUCAGUGAAUAGAACUACAAACAGACAUGGAGUUUACAGGUUAGAUAUACCAUCUGUUGAUGGAGUUGCAUGUGGAGAAACGGCUAUUGCUACUACAUGUGAGGCAAGUUUAAUGUGGAGCUCAUCGGAUUCAUGUAAUGUUCCUGGUUUCAGAACCACAACCGAUCAGAUAGCCAUCAAAUCCAAGCAAGCCAAUCUCUGCAUCUACAGUCUAAAUCCACUCAAUUUCAGACCAUUAAAGAUUGAUGGUAGUCUAUGUAGGAACUAGAAAGAAGACCACUCGAGUUUUCUUUUGUCAUUAUAAUUUUAUGAAUUAGUACCCUUUUGGCUUCUACAUUAUUCACCUUCGCUUAGAUUCAAAAUACAUAAUAAUCUGUUAUGCAUCACCACCUAGUUCUUACUCUUGUGUUAUAGUUAUGGGUAGGAUUGGAGCAUCAUUGUCUCAUGGCUACAACCAAGCCAACAUAUGUAAGCAGGAUUAAUUAAGAAGAGAAAACAGAAUUACAUGAUCA